GCGAAAAUGGUGUUGCUGCGCGUAACGUGUGGCGCGCAGUGCCGCAUAAUUUAGGGUAUCGUAGUGGAUCGUCAGUGCCAUCGAGAAGGCAGUCGGUUACGGAUUUGAAAAGUGAACGAACGAACGAACGAACGAAAGAAAGAAAGAAAGAAAGAAAGAAAGAGAGAAAGAGAGAAAGAAAAAAAGAAAGAGAGAAAGAAAGAAAAAAAGAAAGAGAGAGAGAGAAAGAGAAUCAAGGCUGAGGUUGAUCGAAGUAAAGCAAAGUAAAGCAAAGCAAAGCAAAGUAAAGCAAAGCAAAGCUAAGCUAAGCUAAGCUAAGCUGAGCGGAGCGAGCCGUAGCCGAAUCGAGCCGAGUUGAGCCGAACUGAGCCGAGUUGAACAAGCAAGCGAGCGAGCGAGCAAACGGUUGGAGCGAGCUAGCUAGCUCAGCUAGUUAGUUUAACAAACGAACGACGUCUACGAGAGAAAAAGAAAGAGAGAAAGAAAACGAGCAAGCGAGCGAGCGAGCGAGCGAGCGAGCGAGCAAACGAACGAACGGAACGAACUCGGUGGUGGUGGUGGUGUGUUAUUCUUCAGUGGUGGUGUGUUUAAUAGUGUGUCUUCGUCGUAUCGACUAGUACGUCGCGCGCGCGCGUGUGUGUGUGUGUGCCGCGUUCGUGAAUUCACGCGAGUUUUGUUGUGUUACGACGGACGUGCCGUGCGUGCGUGCGUACGUACGUACGUACGUGCGUAUUCUUCUUUCUAUUUCUUCUACGUGAGUGCGUGCGUGCGUACGUACGUGCGUGCGUGCGUGCGUGCGCGCGCCUACGUCUGGUGUGUGUGCGUGUGUGUGUGUGCGCGUAUCGUGCGUACAGCGUGUAUACAUACAUAUAUAAAGAAAAGUUAAUAUAGUGUUCUCUCCUCUACUCUCUUUCUUAAUCGUGUGUCGAUGAAAAGAAGGUUCCUUUAAAGUGAGAGAGUGAGUGAUCGAGACUGAGAGAGAGAGAGAGAGAGAGAGAGAGAGAGAGAGACAGAUGUGUGUGUGUGUAGUCCGAUCUCGGAAAAGUCCAGUGGCGGCCGCUAAGAGAGAGAGAGCCAUCAUGGCGAAUCCACGGAAAUUCAGUGAAAAGAUUGCCUUGCUCAACCAGAAGGAGGCGCAGGAAACGGCAGCAUUUGAAGCGAUCAUGCGAGAAGUAUCGGACGUCACGAGCAGAGUCGCGUCGGCAAGCAGCUCGGUGGGUGCGAGUCCUACGGGAUCUGGUGUCCCGGAUGCCCCCCUCUCCGUCAAAAGUGCCGGUGCCAGUCCUCCGCAAUCCAGUGGCAAGCAUCUUCACAUUAACCUGGGCAAUCAGUUUCGAGCUGGAGGUUCAUUGCCUAACGUUAACAACAAUGCUAACUGUGCCAACGACACGAAGGAGCAUCAUCCUUCGCAACACACUGGCGCCGUUCAUUCGAUCGAUCUUAAGACGGCGUUAAGCAAUUUGGAAGAGAUGCAACACAAUUCGAUGAUCAAUCGAAAUAGUGAAAGGGGUAGGCAUAUGGGGAUUGGUCCUGUACGGCCUCGUCCCAUGGAAAAAAGACACGACACAUCCCCUUACAGUGGUGUAUCUUAUCUUCCAUUGCCAGACACGUGGCGAAGGACCAAUUCGGAUUCGGCAUUACAUCAAAGCGCAAAUGAGGCUUGCCAAUCAACGACGACUAUUCCUCAUCGAAGAGAUCAGCACAAUUUCAAUAGCAGCAGUAAUAACGACAAUAGAGAAACGCAUUAUGGUUCAAUCGAAAGGCCAAGAUCGUCUUGCGAGAUGCCUCGAGUACCUGGAAUUAACAUAUGUCUGAGUUCACAACCACCUGGACAACAGAUUCCCAUAGGAAAUAACACAGGAUCGUUGCCCGACUUAAGCAACGUUCAUUUUCCAUCACCCCUUCAUACCCCUCUGGAUCAGGAGGAUCAAUCUAGUAGUACACACUUCAGCAACAGUCCUCAAACGAGCAGUCCUACAAACCUGUCGCCGACCAGCUUGGCUCAAGCUGGUAGGCUAUCCCUUUCACAGGAUCACAAUCCGCCAAGUGCCCAAAACCAUUUAUCAGUGCCUGUUAACUCUAGGUUCCUUCAAGCGUUUAAGCAGGGUGUGGCGCUGGAAAACAGCACAAGUACUUCGCAACAGGAUCUUCAGAAUUAUUCUCAACAAACGGCACCUCAACCACCACCUUCGAUAUCUCACAGUCCAGCUGGUCACUAUAUUUAUCAACAACAACCACAUAGUCCUGUGCCACCACAAAGCCCGAAAACGUCACAGUCGCAGCAAUCGCAACAACAGCAGCAACAUCAACAUCAACAAACACAGCAAUUAAAUUCCUUGGAUUCCUACAGGAUCUCACAAACAGUGAAUAGGCCAUCGCCACAAUCUUCGCCUAGUUUAACUGUACAAGGAAGUCCAUUAAGUUAUAGCAAUAAUCCAUCAGCCCCGCCAAGUCCAACAGGACAUCCUGGUCCACCGACAUUAGCCUCGGAUGGUAUAGAUCAAAACAAUUAUGUCAUUAAUCAAGCACAAGCUGCUGCACUUCAACAAGACUUUGAACAAUUCACGAUGGAUUGGCCGAAAUUCGCACAGCAGCUCAUGGAACUUGGUUGCACCUGGACAACGCAGAUAGAGAUGGACACACCUGUCUCGGCGAACACAAUUGGUAGUUACAUUGGAUCACCUAAUCAUACGACGAGUUAUGCACAGAACGACAUGAUAAACGUCGGUGGUGAAUUAGGCAGCGGUGAUGGUGGUUAUUUUAGCACGAGUCCCCAAGUGGCGUUUCAACCAACGAACACGUCGACGACGACGGCACAACAAUUGACACCACAAACGCCAAAUACACCUACGAUCAUACUUACAGAUUUUUCUGGUGCGGACGACCUGACCAAUCCAGAAUUCGUAAAGGAUCUAGGAACGGCAAUGAUGAGCGAUUUCGAUCCAGAAUUAUUUCCAACGGACGAUGCCCUUAGACAGGGUUUAGGUCAAAUCGACGUCGAUGGUUUACAAAUGCUUACAGAUCCAACCGUGGUGAUAUCUGAUCCCAGUGCAGAAGCACACUUUAGGCUAGAUCGGCUCUAAAAGGUCUCAAGGGCUAGAGAAAGAAAGAAAGCGAGAAUGAGAGAGAGAGAGAGAGAGAGAGAGAGAGAGAGAGAGAGAGAGAGAGAGAGAGAAUUCGCUGGCUCGGCUGAUUAAUUAAACGUAGGAGAAAACUAAUUCUAUCUCUUGAUGUCGCGAUCAAAAAAAAAAAAAAAAGAAAAAAAAAAGAAAAAAAAAAAGAAAUAAAACUCUUUAUAAGAUACACUGCGAUUAAUCGUAGAAUACGUUGAGAUGUUUCCAUUGAAAAAAAUAAAAAAAUAAAUAAAUAAAUACAUGAUAAUAACAAUAAUACUAAUUAUGGCCAAGAAAGAGAAAGAGGGUGAAGGAGAGAGAGAAGAAGGAAGAGAUAUAUAUAUAUAUAUAUAUAUUAAAGUUUCACAAAUUUCAAUGUAAACAUAUCAACGAAUCCGUGAUUCUUGAUACAUCAUUGAUCGAAGAUCAUUAAAAUAAUUAAAAAGAAAAGAAAAGAAAAGAAAAGAAAAGAAAAGAAAAGAAAAGAAUAGAAAAGAAAAGUAAAGAAAAUAAUAAUAAUAUCUCUUUAUUAAUCCUUUUUUUAUUUUAUACUACUUUGUACAUUGUGUAUCAUGUAUGAGAUGAUCUCUUAAAAAAAAAAAAAAAAAAAGAAAAAAAAAGCACAAAAGAAAAAAAAUACCUUUACUGAUUUAUAUACAUGCUUUUAUCGUAUGCGAUUACUAGUGAUGUUUAAUCAUUGUCAAAAGAAUUUAUUCAUUAAUUAGUUAAUGGAUUCAUUCAUUCAUUCAUUCAUUCAUUCAUUCAUUCAUUCAUUCAUUCAUUCAUUCAUUCAUUCAUUCAUUCAUUCAUUCAUUCAUUGAAUACAUCUGUGUAUAUGUAUGAAAUACAUGUGUACGAAUAUAAUCGGUAUGAAGAAAAUGCAUGUGCGAAUAUGAUCGUAUGUUAAAUACAUGUAUGAAUAUGUACCUAUGAAAUACAUGUAUGAAAGUGUAUAGGUAUAAAAUACAUGUACGAAAAUAAUAGAUAUAAAAUACAUGUAUGAAAAUUAUAAA